AUGUCCUGUGAUAUCGAGUGCGACCAAAUAGCCGUAAUAUUGAGCAAAAUUAUCAGUCUCGGACGGGCGAUUUGCGUGAGAACUACCCCGACGUUUGCAGGCCUGCUGGCGGUUUGUGAUUCGGAGUUCGAGAGCCCGCAGCAGACAAUCAUCGAGGCGUCGGCGGCCAUCGCAGGCAUGGGAAUCAAAGUCAUGAUGAAAGCUUUCAAUAAGCCAAAAGACAUCCCGUCGCAGGUGCCGCCGCUCACCCCGGGCACCAAUAAGAAGAUGGCCGAGGCGCUGAAGGCUACCUUCGCCUCUUGGGAGAAGGAGCAACUGCGCCUCGGCAUACCUAAAGAUCCUCGCCAAUGGACCGAAGUGGCAGUGGCCGCGUGGCUCCGUUGGGCUGCACGCGAAUUUUCACUGGAGGGCGUGGCACUCCAACAGUUUGCGCGCACUCAGGGCAAAGAUAUUUGCGCAAUGGGCCGCGAGGAGUUCGUCGCAAGAGCACCAGCCUUCAUGGGCGAUAUACUCUGGGAACAUCUCGAGAUACUACAGAAAGAUGUAGAGAAGGAACGUUCUCUGUUGGCCAACGUACCACCCAACAUGUACGAGAGCAAUGUGUGCCUGCCCGAGUACAACAUACCGCCGCCUGCUCAUCAUUACAACAACAACAACAAUACCGGCGGCUACACGACAGGCGGUCCUCGCGAGACGAAUGCCUACGGCUACAGCGAAGCGAGCGGGGGCACGGCGCCCGCAGCGGCUUCACCCCUAGACGAGUAUUAUCCCCCGGAGUACCCGUCGGCACCACCUGCGCCAGCGCCCGCCACGCAACCCUACCUCGACGAUUACUACCAUCACGCCCACGCACACACGCAGCCGCUACUUUCGCACGAGCCCAAGUAUCAACCACAUGCCUAUACCAAGCCUUAUCCCAGAGGCGGUGGCGGUCGCUACAGCGGCGAAGGUUACGGAGAGAGUUACGUGCAGGACUAUGGCAGCGCGUGCGGCACAGAAUGGACCGAAUGGCCUGCCGAGCAGCAUGCACUCAUACCGCAGGACAAACUCGCCUACCCCGCCUCCGGCCCUUGCUUCACCGGCUCAGGCCCUAUCCAACUGUGGCAGUUCCUGCUAGAGCUGCUCACCGACAAAAGCUGCCAGGGUUUCAUCUCUUGGACCGGCGAUGGCUGGGAGUUCAAGCUUACCGAUCCGGAUGAGGUUGCUAGACGCUGGGGCAUUCGCAAGAAUAAGCCGAAGAUGAAUUAUGAGAAGCUUUCCCGUGGACUUCGCUACUAUUACGACAAAAAUAUCAUCCACAAGACCGCUGGCAAGCGUUACGUCUACCGCUUCGUUUGCGACCUCCAGAGCCUUCUAGGAAUAUCACCAGAGCAACUCCACGCAAUGUACGAACCGAAAAUGGAGAAGAAGGAUGAGGACUGA